AUGACAUUGGACGAACUUUGCCCUUGUGCCCGAGCCGCAGUAGAACGGAUUCGUGAACACAAAUCCAACGAUGACUAUUUUCCAACAGAAGUGGAUCUCCGCUCGUUCGUACGUCCCCAACGGGUUCUGUGUGCCGCACGUGCCCGCUCGGCCGCAAAACGCACUUGUUCCGUGGACGCACUCGCUCUCACUGCUAAGUGGGAUCAUUCUCCUGAGAGUAAUAGCGACGGAAUUAUACUGCGCGGACUAAUGCUGAGCGGUGGAUCGUGGGUCGCGGGUUCUGUGCACGCUGCGGCACCCGCUGCGCCCCCGCACGAGUCCGCACCACCGCUGUUGCUGCGAUAUGUACCGCAGGACACGCAGUCGGCUCCCUACAGCGAGAACGCCUUCGAAGUGCCGAUAUACAGCAGUGUGUCGCGCGAUGAGGAGCUUGUUCGCGUGCGAACGCCGCUGCACGCACAGUUCGCACCGCGAACCGCUCUGCUGCACGCACUCGCACUCUUUGUUGCGCCGUGCGAUUGAUUUCUCGUUAACCAUUUGGCACCCCGCACACACAAUACUAUUGACAAUAAUCCGAAUAUAUUUUUCAACAUAUUCAAUUCUUUAAUAACUAGGCAAUAUACUGCAUAUUGACAAUAAUAUUGCCUGCGUGCGGGGCGCAUUGAAUAAUAUUGAUUGUAUGCGGGCAACCUAAUAAAGAAUUAAAGGACAUAUUGAUAAAAAAUAUUGUCAAUAUUUAAAGUGACAAUAACGUUGUCUAUGUGUGGGUUGCCUAAGGCCGGCCAUACACGGACUGCUCGAGCUGUUAGCCAGUGACCAACAUACACAGACCGCUCUUGCAAUCAUAGUCAACUGCUAGAAGCUGCCAUUUAUAACUGCUGGAGCAGUUGGUGUCAACUGGAGAAAGAAGCACUACUUCUGCUACUUUUGUUCAAACGACGACAGCGGAAUAUUUGACUAUACUUUUUUUUUGAGCUAAGACGUAGUGAAGUUUUUGAUAAGUUUAGAAUGUCAAUCCCAUUUUAUGAAGAAUUGUAUAGUACAUUAGUACUCAAUGAAAACAUUAAACAAAGAAAAGUCUAGUCUAGUCUAGUCUAGUCUCUAGCGUAUAAUAAGAUAAUAAAGGUUUGAGAAAAUAAAAAACGUUAAUUAAUUUAAAUAUUUUUUUUAUUAAUUAAUUGUAAAAAUAUUCCUUUCCCAAGGUAUUUAAUAUAUCUUUAGUGAGCUGUGACUAGAGAGAUCGGUCUUGCUCAUAACUUAUCUACAAUUUCGCUAAAGGAAG